AGAUAUUGUUGAUGUUGGCUGCGUUGACACAAUGAGACACUAUUACAUCCUGUUCCUUUCCCGCCACCCUCGCCUAUUGUGUCCACUGCACCUUUGUCCCAAAGACACAGGACUGUAGUUGUCUGUUUUUAUUGGCCUUUAAAUCCUGGAGACAGUUCACGCCGGAGCGUCCCAUGCACGGCCAAGUCCAGUCCCCCGGGUAUCCCCAGCCCUACCCGCCCAACCUGAGGAAGCAGUGGGACCUGAGCGUGCCUGAGGGUUUCCAGCUGCACCUCACCUUCACCCACCUGGACAUUGAGGCGUCUGUGGACUGCCGCUACGACGCCCUUACAAUUUUUUACGGCAACAGGAUCCUGGGGACGUUUUGUGGGCAUGAGAAUUCUACUGAUGCACAUCACCCAGACAACCAGACAGCUAUCUUGUCUCCAGGAAAUAGACUCACCCUCGUGUUCCAAACGGAUGGCAGCAACACAAAAGGACAAAAUGUGGGCUUCUCUGCUCACUACCAGGCCAUAGUAUCCUGCGGCAGGGAGAUAUUUAACGGAGCAGAGGGGUACCUGUCCAGCCCAGGAUACCCCCGUUGGCCCCCUCACGCAGUAUCCUGCCAGUACAUCAUCUCUGUGAAAUCUGGCUUCACAAUCUCGCUCAAAUUUACGGACAACUUCCACAUCAAAAGCAGGGUGACUCCGCAAGGUCUCAUCUGUCCACAUCAUUGGCUUCAGGUGACAAUCCCAGGCAGUGAGCCCUGGAAGCUGUGUGGAGGCAGGAGCCCAGGUGUGAUAGCCACAAACUCCAACCGGGUCACUCUGGACUACCACACGAAUGGCAAAGAGCUGAGUCACGGUUGGAGCCUGGACUACAGCACACACAGGGUCAGGUGUCCACAUCCUGGCAGGGUCACUAACGGAAGAGUCCCUUCUUUGCUGACAGAGUUCUUCUACAGGGAUUACAUAUUUGUGCAAUGUAACCAAGGACACCGGCUAAUGAUGAAUGGUCAAGAGAUGGAGCGUUUCUCGACAACGUGCCAAAAGAAUGGACAGUGGCAUCGCCGCCUGCCAGAAUGCCAAAUAAUUCGCUGUGAAGAACCAGAAGCAUUGCAGAACGGAUGGGUGAAGUACUUGUCUGGUUCUCAGAAUGAGUACCUGUCUGUUAUCCAGUAUGGCUGUAAUUCACCAUUUUACUCUCUCCAUGGUGGCGAUAAUGUUACAUUCACGUGUGAAGCAGACGGCCAGUGGAGGUCAAAUAUGGCAAAUGUUGUCACGCCUUUAUGCAGACCAGUGUGCGGGCGGCCUACCACGUCCAUCCUUGCCCAUCAGAGUAACAUGACAAGCGGCAAGGCUCCCAAAGGUGCCUUCCCAUGGCAAGUGGUGAUGAGUGUCAGUGGACACAGAGCGGGCGGCAUGGUGAUUGGGGACCGAUGGCUCAUGACUGCCGCGCACUGCCUUGUUCACAGUGGACGCCUGGAGGAACCGGAAAAUGUGAUGAUAUAUAUGGGACACACGGACAUAGCCUCCAUGCUGAACUCCGCUGUGUCCCCUGCUUCAUUGCACAUCCAUCCUGGUUACAACAACAGCAACGGCCUGGACUUCAACAACGACAUCGCCUUGAUCAGACUCAAGGAAGCGCUCAUCUUCGAAGCAUCUGUCAUGCCAAUAUGCUUGCCCACAGAUGACUCCCUGUACGACAGCGGCAACGUGGGAGUGGUUUCAGGCUUUGGAAUGACAAAACGAAGAAACAGACUUGUAAUGUCAAAUAAGCAGGUGUACAUGCACUUGCCCGUGGUCGGCCAGGACACGUGCCAGAAUUCAAUCGACGUGUGGUUGACAUUGAGGAGGGUCCCCGUCCCAACAUUGACAGACAACAUGUUCUGUGCCGGACCUCAAGAAGUUGGGGAUGCCUUUUGCAGCGGCUUCUGCGGAGGGGCCUUCGCUGUCUAUUACAAGGCAUCCUACUGGGCUGCAGGCAUUGUCAGCUGGGGCAUAGGCUGCGGUGAGCCAGGGAUUUAUGAUACCUUUACCACAAUUAUCAACUACAUGGACUGGAUCAGAAAAACAAUGGCAGGACAACUGAAUUGA